UAAACACUCGUUUUUUCCCUUCAAAAUUUCUUCAGUUCGAUCUGAAAUAAUUAAAAAGAUCGAGAUAAAAAAGAUCUAAUUAAUAAAAAAAGAAAUGAAGUUCACAACUCUUGUUUGUUUAACGGCUUUGGGAGUUUCGGCUCUUAAUGUUAAUGCUGCUCCUAUUUCUGAGGUUGAAUUGAAUAAUAAACGUGACGCACCAUCUACAUAUUAUUAUGAUGAUGAUAAGAAGGAUAAGUACGAUGACGAAUACGGAUACGAUGACAAAAAGAAGGAUCACAUUACAAGGAUGAGAAAGACAGCUACGAUUACUACCCCGACAGCUACGAUGGAAAGGAUAAGUACGAUGACGAAUACGGAUAUGAUGACGAAAAAGAUUACAAGGAUGAGAAAGACAGCUACGAUUACUACCCCGACAGCUACGAUGGAAAGGAUAAUACGAUGACGAAUACGGAUACGAUGACAAAAAGAAUGAUCACAAAGAUGACAAAAAAGAAAAAUAUUAUUAAAAUUUUUUGAUAGUUAUUUAAUAUGAGAAACUUAUUUCUAUUACAUAGAGAGAAAAACAAAUUGAAUACUCUUCUUAUUAAUAAUAUUAAUAAUUUUGAUCUUUAACCAUUAUAGAACUAUCAAUUUUCUUUUCUUCUUAAA